AUGCUGGCACCAGGCAGUGGCCCAGAGCAGAGGAGCAAGCUUGCCCUGCAGUGGAAGCAGGUCUCCUGGAUCACCUGCUGGAUUGCCCUGUGUGCUGUGGAGGUGCUCCCUGCCUGCCCUUUCUCCUGCACAUGUGACAGUCGCAGCUUGGAGGUGGACUGCAGUGGCCUGGGCCUCACCACUGUGCCCCCGGAUGUACCCGCUGCCACCCAGAGCCUUCUGCUCCUGAACAAUAAACUGAGCACCCUGCCCAGCUGGGCAUUCGCCAACCUGUCCAAUUUGCAGCGGCUGGACCUGUCCAACAACUUCCUGGACCAGCUCCCUGGGUCCAUUUUCCAGGACCUGGUCAAUCUGACGGAGCUCCAGUUGCGGAACAACAGCAUCAGGACCCUGGACAGGGACCUGCUCCAUCACUCCCCGCUGCUUCGCCACCUGGAUUUGUCUAUCAAUGGCUUGGCCCAGCUGCCCCCAGGGCUUUUUGACGGUCUCCUGGCUCUGAGAUCCUUGUCCCUCCGCUCCAAUCGUCUGCAGAGCCUAGACCGGCUGACAUUCGAGCCCCUGGCGAGUCUGCAGCUGCUUCAGGUUGGGGACAACCCAUGGGAGUGUGACUGUAACCUUCGGGAGUUCAAACACUGGCUGGAGUGGUUCUCCUACAGAGGGGGUCGCCUGGACCAGCUUGCCUGUACACUACCCAAGGAACUAAGGGGGAAGGACAUGCGUGCGGUCCCCAUGGAGAUGUUUAACUACUGUUCCCAGCUAGAGGAUGAGAACAACUCUGCUGGGGUGGAUGCCCCAGGGCCACCCUGCACCAAGGCUAGCCCAGAGCCUGCUAAACCUAAGCCAGGGGCUGAGCCUGAGCCUGAGCCCAGCACUGCCUGCCCUCAAAAGCAGAGGUACAGGCCCGUGAGUGUGCGGCGAGCCAUCGGCACGGUGAUCAUCGCGGGCGUUGUGUGCGGCAUUGUCUGCAUCAUGAUGGUGGUGGCCGCUGCUUACGGCUGCAUCUAUGCCUCCCUCAUGGCCAAGUACCACCGGGAGCUCAAGAAGCGCCAGCCGCUGAUGGGGGACCCCGAGGGUGAGCACGAAGAUCAGAAACAGAUCUCUUCUGUGGCAUGAGAGCUGUCUGUCUGGCCCAGGUAGGACAGCAAGGAGACUCCAUGGGACUGCUACCAAAGGGCUGCCCUUCCCUCCAUCACAGGCCCUGCCUCAGCCUGACACUGGUACUGCCUCCCUCAGCUCCCUGGCCCUCGUCUGCCCUCCAGUAGAGCAGUCUUCCAGUCUCUUUCCAAGUUUCUAGAAGCUCCCCUUGGCGAAAGGUUCCUGUGGAAGGCCCUCUCUGGGCCCCUGGUCUUUGGAACACCUGAGCCUCCUUUCAGGCUUCUGGCCACAGGGGAGAAAGAACCUACACCAGAAACACGUUCUGCAUUGAGCACUUCCUCCUGUCCAGAGCCAGCUCAGCGCUGGAGACCCUCCCUACCUCUUGCUCAUUCCCACUUCAGUCUGUGUUAGGGCCUGAGAGGGAGGGACAGGGGAGCCAGAGGUAGAUUUCUGUGACUCUUUCUGAAGCCAGAAAGAUCUUCUUAGGUCCUUGUAGUGUGAAGCGUGUCCAGCUGUCAGCGGCUGGUGCCUAUGUGCAAACACCCCCCAGCCCUGUGAUCUGGGUCCAGUGCUUAGAAAAACCAAAGUGACUAUAAUGUCUUCCUUGGGUGGAUACCAUUAGGUCCCUUUAUCUGCUAUAGACUCUUCUGACUACAUUGCUCCAGGUUUACUAAUUGUAUGUUCUUUGUUUUAGUGUAGGGUUUUGAGACAGGGUCUUACUCUACACACUAAUUCACUGUCACAUACAGGGCAUCGCUAAACGAGUCCCACGGACCAAAAUCACACACACACACACACACACACACACACACACACACACAC